AUGGGUUGUGGUGCAUCUGAAGUAUCAAAUUCUCUCAGUCAGAAUCCACAAUAUACAGUAACACCAUUAUCAUCAUCUUCUACUUUGAAUCAGCAACCAAAUUCAAAUCGUCUUCGGAAAAGGGAUCAUCGAAUUGACACAAAUGAAAUUAUUCAAAAUUUUCUUUUGAUUUGGCUUGACGAAAACAUCGAUGAAUCCAGCGACGAUCAUCUCAAUUCUAUCGAACAACUACGACGAACGAUUAAUACCAUUGAAAUAUUUCAUGAUACAAAUGAAUGUAUUGAUUACAUGUCACAAGUUCAAAACGAAAAGUCGUUGCUCAUUAUUUCGGGUGCUCUAUGUGAAAGUGUUGUGCCACGUAUUCAUGACACCAUACAACUACAUUCUAUUUAUGUCUUUUGUCAAAAACAAGAAAAAUAUGAAGAAUGGGCAAAAAAUUGGUCCAAAGUAAAAGGUAUUUUCACCGAGAUUACCUCAGUUUGCGACGCAGUUCGACAAUCUGCUCGACAAUGUGACCAAGAUGAUAUUGGAAUUACUGGUGUAUCAUCAUUGAACCAAAUCGAACCAUCAUUUAUGUAUACACAGCUCUUGAAAGAAAUUAUUCUUGAAAUCGAUUUCGAUGAACAGAAAGAAAUUAAAAAUCUCGUCGAGUAUGCUCGUAACGAAAAGGAGUAUGUUAACAACAAAGAAGAACUGAAAAUGAUCGAUGAAUUUGCUACCGAUUAUCAAAAAAAUGUCGACAAGAACAAGGCCAUUCGGUGGUAUAGUCGGCAAUGUUUUACGUAUCAAUUAGUCAACAAAGCUUUACGCUCUCUACAUGUGCAUACUCUCCUCAAAAUGGGCUUUUUCAUUCGUGACAUUCAUCAAAACAUCGAGAAACUCCAUGUAGAACAAUCGAAAAUAAUCCAUGAAUCUACUACUACAAAACUUUCCGUCUUUCGAGGUCAAACUAUGAGCAAUGCAGAUUUUCAAAAGAAUAUAAAACAAGAUGGACUCGUAUCCUUUAAUAAUUUUCUAUCUACAAGUGAGGAUCGCCGUGUUGCUAUUAGUUUUAUUUCUCCGACCACUGGCAACGAGAACAAAAUUGGUGUUCUCUUCGAAAUGGUUAUUGAUCGAUCGAUUUCAUCGACCCCAUUCGCUCGCAUCAGUGAAUUCAGUUGCUUUUCGAACGAAAAAGAGAUUCUCUUCUCAACAAAUACGGUUUUUCGCGUCCUAAAAAUCGAACAAAUACAAGAGAAUAGAAUGACCAUAUGGCAAGUUAAGCUUACACUCACUAAUCAAAAUGACGACAAACAGCUUGAUGCUCUUACACAACGAAUGCGAGAGGAGAUCACUGGAACAGGAUGGGAGCGAAUGGGUUCACUGUUAUGGAAACUAGGCGAGAACGACAAGGCAGAACAGGUGUAUACA